AUGGACGCGUCGUGGCCAUGGCCCGCCCGACCCAGGUCAGGCUCAGAUCGGGCCCGGGCGCCGCCACCAGCAGGCGCGCCACCACCGCCACUAGAUGGCACGCCGCGCAGCCUCCCGGUGCCGCACCGCCGCGCCGAAGCCCCGUAUCGGCCGCUCCUACACCACGCCGCCUCGCAGCCGCGCGACCCGCGCGACGUCGCAUCUCCGCGCGAAGAAGCUCCGUCGGGGUGCGCCACGCACGCAGCCCUCCGCCUUCGGCGGCCGGGCGCCGCCACCGCCGCCGGAGGCGGCGGCGGCAAGGGAGGGAGGAGAGCGGGGGUGGUUUCUAGGGUUUGGCUGUCGCCUCCGGAGUCGCCCGCGCGAGCGACCCGGGAGGCAGCGGUCCUCAAGAUUUCUCUGCUACUUAAUUUUCUUUUCUAUACUGAAGAGCUCUGCUUAUGUAGAGAUGAAGGGAAAGCGAGCGACCCGGGAGGCAGCGGUCCUCAAGAUUUCUCUGCUACUUAA